AUGAAUAUUGAAUUUGUUAUUUUCGGAAGAAAUGAAAAUGAACAAUUGGGAUUGAACGUUAGGACUAGUAAAUGUCUACCAACCAAAUUAAAUUUUAAGAAUACUGUAAAUUAUGAUUAUUUAGAACAAGAAGGAAUUAAAGUUGUGAAGAUGGGCGGAAAUAGAUUGGCCUUUAUAACAUAUGAAAAUAAUUUAAUCAUUACUCUGAACGAUUAUAGAAACAACAAUCCAUCUACCUAUAAUGCUUGUAAAAUUUGUGCUGAACCUAAAGGAUCAGACUCUAAGAAGCCUAUUCCACAUACUCAUUUUGAGAAUAUCAGUAAUGAUAUUUACAUUUUGAAGAAAAAUGUUAUCGAUGUAGCUAUUGGUUUUUCACAUUGUGUGUUUUUAACAAAGAAUGAGAAUAUGCUCUAUGGAUUCGGUACAAAUGGAAACUGCAGACUAGGUGUUUCACAUGAAGCUGUAAAUAUGGAAGAUAUGGUAUCUAGAAUGUUUAGUCAGUUCUAUAAUGUAAAAUGUUACAGAAUCGAGGUGGAACAUCAUUUGGAUCAAUAUGAAAAAAUUGUUUCUGUACACUGUUUAGGACAAGGUACUAUUUGCAAGACCAAUUUUAACAACUUGAUUGUCUUUGGAUGGAGUUAUAGAGGAGAGCUUUCGACCAAAAGUGAUAAGCAAGUGCCAAGGAAGGAAACAUUUUUUAGUGAAAGAAAUCUGACAAUUGAAAAGAUUUUUACAGGAUAUUCUCACGUCUAUUACCUAGUUAAAACAAUGGAAAUGGAGACUAAAUUGUUCGUCUGUGGAUGGAAUGAAGAUAACCAACUAGGUCUCACCCACACCAAUAAUAUUUUCACAAUAACAGAAAAUAAGCUACCUUUCGUACCAGAUAUUAAGGACAUUGCACUUGGUUAUGACUUUUCUCUAAUUUUGACAAAAGAUGGAACAGUUUACGUAUUUGGUACUAGAUUCUUGCUUCCUGAAACAGAUGUGGAAAAAUUAUCAAAUUACCCAAAUGCAAAGAAAAUCAAAUUGGAAAAUGUUUCAAGAAUCAGUGCUGGAUACUAUCAUUGCAUUUUGGUAAUUGAUGACAAAAAGUUUUAUCCUCUCGGUGUCAAUGAUUGUGCACAAUGUGGUUUUAAUGAUGACGAUAUGAUUCCAAGAUCCCCUGGUGUCAAUAGAGAGCUAGUUAUUGAACACACCGCCAAUCUAUCACUCGUGGCAGCAGGUCAAUAUUCAACAGCCAUCAUCUUUUCGAAUCAUUACACUAAAUUGGAAGCAGAAAAAAGAUUGAAAUCUCUCCUUUUCAAAUCCCUUCAAUCUUCCAGUUUGUCAGAUGUUGUCUUUGAAUAUGAUUUUCCUUAACCUGUGUUAAAACCAUUCCACACACUCUUAAUAAAAUUCCCCAUUUAAUUAU